AUGACCCUUUUCUCCGCGCCCCCCAUUGCGGAUCCCGACGAUGACAAUUCAACCACCUACACGGCCGCCUCGACGCCCCCAGAAAGCGACGCCACCGGCCUCCACGAUGACUACGAUCCCAUCCCCAUCACCGCCCAACCAACGAGCUUGCUAACACCCCAGCCCGGACGCACCUGGCUCAUCAGGGCCGUGUCGUCGGGCGAAGUGUUGACACUGCACGGAGGCAGGAUCAUUCUCUCUCAGCCCGCCGAUCGCGCGUCGCACUGGGACUGCGUCGAGACGAACGGGUGGCUGGGGUUCCGGAAUGGCGUUUCCGGAGCGUAUCUGGGCCGCGAUUGGUGGCUACACUUGCGUUGCUCGACUGGCUGGCACCAGCUGUGGGAGCGAUUUCACGUUCGAGCGAGGCGCGAGGGUGUGGGGAGCGUGUUGCUAAUGGAGUAUUGGGGGCUGAAGCGCGUGGGGUGGAAGGUUGACGGUGGGGUAAAGAUUCUGGCUGUGAUUGAGGAUUGGGAAGCUGAUGAGAUUGUUUGGGAGUUUGUUGAGGUUUAG